UCCCAAGUAUCAGUACUAGACGGAUUGGCAAGUGGUCAACAUGACUCGUUGGCUGAGCCUGAUAGCUAUAUGUUUGUGUGUAACAGUAUCUAUAACUCAGGAGAACUAUCGUCAACCCUACAAGUUCGUUGCUCCUUACCCCUUAGAUAUGUAUACCAGCCCUGGUACUACCCCUGGAGAUACUACGACAAAUGAACCUGAGAUUUCUGAGGAUGAGGAUGAAUCAGCUGGUGUCGGUAGAAUAGGAGAGGCUGCUACAGCAGAUAUAUCUCUAAUGUCGUCUUCGCUGAAUGCUCCGGAACCUCUCCCAGAGCCUAAGAGCCUGGUUGAUAACAGAUCUAGGUCCAGGAAGAAGGUUAAAGAGGAAGCGGUUGAGAAGAAAGAGGAGAAGAAGGAUUUGAUGGAGAACCACAAGGUUGAGAAGGAUAAACUUGAACCUAGAGCUAUCCUAAACCGACAGAGAAUACCGCCUAGACCUGAAGACGAGUACUACUAUUACUAUGACGACUACUACUAUGAUGAUUACUACCCGGAGAAGGAUCCAGUAAGACAGGAAGAGAAACCAGUUAUCCCUCCUACCCAGAGCUAUCCCAGAAAAUCUCCAAAUACUCCUAAUCCUCCGAGAACCAAGGAAACCUUGAAAAAAGAAACCAAACCAAAGAAAGAAACCUACAAGGAAAAGAAACCGCUGAAGCCUGAAAAUGAGAACAAGAAAGCUGGAUUGAACCUGGAGGAGAGAGAAUACAAUAUUCAGAAUACUUUAAACAGGCUGAAGGGUCUUAAAGGAAACCAUGUGAAGAAACAAGGCAGGCCGCAAACAACUUUAAAAAAGAAUCCCUGGGAACAAUUUGAUCUUCCUCCCAGAAAGAAACCAGCUCCAAGACCUGUCCCGGAGAGGAAACCUUUAAGGAAACCUGUAGCAUUUAGACCUCAGGACUUAUAUGAUUACAAUGAUGCUCCAGUCAGACCUAUACGUAGACAAGGGGGUGGAGGAGGAGUAAACCCUCUGGCUCUCCUGGUAGCUCCUCUAGCUGGUAUAGCACUACUCAUGGCUGCAGCUGCAGUAGCAAUCAACCCCGUUCUUGUAACUGUAUCUCUUACUGGGAAGAGAAGGAAGAGAGGGGCUGAGACAGAUGAAGGGAUAACUCCAGAGCUAGAAGAGAAGAUUCAUGAAAUGCAGAUUCUUGAAAGGUUUAUGGCUUCGGUUCCAGAUAAUAUGAACUAUCAGCACCAGGUGUUAAGCAUGUACCUCUCCUGCAGUGGAUAUACUGAGGUUGGAAACAGCUGUAUGGAUCGGGUUGUGUGUGAGUACGCGGAUAUAAACUCAGAUAUUGAACCAGAGGAGAGAGAUGUUAUAUCUAUUGUUCUCUACAAUAUAAUGGCAAACGAGUUUGUGUCAGCUGAGUUUAAGGAAAGACUGCGGAUGGCUGCUAAGCAUGGUAGAGAUGAGGGAACCUGUAUGCAUAUGUUUCAGAUGAAACUAUGCGCGGCAUUUUUAGCUUGUCAUGUCGUCUUUGCUUAUCUACCUUCAGUUCACACAUCCUGGUGGCCAUUUUGGUCUACUGAGUCUACUGAAAAGAAAGAAACCGUAGAAAAAUCUCAGGAGAAGGUUGAGUCAAGGACGGAUUAUGAUUACUAUGAUGAAGAUUACUAUUUCUACGAUCAGCUCGGUCUAACCCGUAGAACAGGAGAUCUUUACGAUCAGAUGGGUCCAAACCGACGAUCAGGAGAUUACUACUAUUACUACGAGGAUGAAAGAGUUCCAAACAACAGACAAGCAGAUGUUGGGAGUACGAUAAAUCCUCUCGCUGCACUAAUAGCUCCACUAGCUGGGCUAGCCCUGCUAGGAGCAGCUAGUGCUGUAGCGGUCAAUCCAAUGCUGCUUCAGCUGGUUACUAUUAAUAGAGGGAACAGAAGGCGGAGAGAUAUCUUAGAUAAAGAUUUGGAGAACGAAGACUUGGAUCUGAAAGGAAAAAUAAAACAAUUGAGAGUUUUAGAAACUUUCCUCACCAGAAUACCAGGUACGGCCAGUCAAGCUGACCUGCUUACAGCUGGUUACCUAAGCUGUAGUGGGCUAGGAGAAGAUGGUAACCAAUGCCUGGAACAGUUGACCUGCAUGUACGCGAGCAACACAACCUUGAAUCGGAUAGAAAAAGAUGUUACAUCCAUAGUACUGUAUAAUCUAAUGUCCAAUAACCAGCUGAAACCAAAACUAAAGAAAAGACUAAGGAAAGCAGCGAGGUUCGGACGAGAUGGUCAGAGUUGUGUCAGUUUCUCCUGCAGCUCUGUUCCAAACCCAUGGAGCUGAGUCCUGACUUAGAGUAGAUAAACAAGAAACACUCAAGAGCAAAUAUCACGAGCUUUUUAAAGAUAUAGAUAUCAACCUUUUUAAAACUUAAUUUGACUAAAUAAUAAUCUUUUCAAUCAAAUGAGAUCAAAUCAACCAUUGUAUCAACCCCCUAGACUAACAAUCAAAUCAACCAUUGUAUCAACCCCCUAAAGUAAUAAUCAAAUCAACCAUUGUAUCAACCCCCUAUACUAACAAUCAAAUCAACCAUUGUAUCAACCCCCUAAAG